GGGAAAUCCAAGCCUCAAGUCAUAGGCAGAUCAGGCUUGGACAUGUUGCAGAUGUUUGUUUUACAUUUUUUCAUAUUUUAUACAUAUAGUAAUGAUUGUGUAAAAGAAAUUCAAGCAUGAAACAUGAGCUGUCUGCGAAGAAGCUGAAGGACGUCAAGUUGUGGAUCACUGCAGGUCCGAGAGAGAAGUUCACAUUAUCAGAGCUGGAGGUGCUGAAGCACUACCUGGAUGGAGGAGGAAACGUCCUGGUCAUGCUUGGUGAAGGAGGAGAAAUCAAAUAUGACACUAACAUCAACUUUCUCCUGGAGCAGUUUGGAAUACUGGUCAACAAUGAUGCUGUUGUGAGGAAUGUGUAUUACAAAUACUUCCACCCUAAGGAGGCGCUUGUGUCCAAUGGUGUAUUGAACAGAGAGAUCAGUCGGGCUGCUGGCAAAGUGGUCACUGGAAUCAUUGAAGAUGAACAUGUUGGGAACAAUGCACAGGCUCUGACAUUUGUGUACCCGUACGGAGCCACACUAAAUGUGAUGAAGCCUGCUAUGCCAGUUCUUUCUACUGGUUCAGACUGCUUCCCCCUCAACAGGUCGGUUUUGGCCUUCCAUCAAGGAAAGCAGGCUGGCAAACUGGUUGUGCUGGGUUCGUGCCACAUGUUCAGUGACCAAUACAUCGACAAAGAAGAGAACAGUAAAAUAAUGGAUGUCAUGCUCCAGUGGCUCAUGACUGACAACAUCCAGCUGAAUCAGAUUGAUGCAGAACACCCAGAGAUAACAGAUUACACCAUGUUGCCAGGCACAGGGUUCCUGUCAGAGCAGCUCAGAGUGUGUUUACCAGAGGAUGACGUAGAACCCAGGGACUUCACCUCUCUCUUUGACACGUCGUUGUUCAAUUUUUCACCUGACACCUCACCCCCCCAAGUCAUCAGCGCCUACAAACAGCUUCGUGUCAGAGUCGAGCCACUUGAGCGGAUCCCACCACAGUUUGAGAUAUUGCCUGAGCUUGAACCUGCUGUAAGUUUCACUCCUGCAUUUAGCCACAUGUGA